CCAGCAUAAGUAGUAUCGUCCAAAAACUACAAGUAGAACACUCAAUCAAAAUGGGUAUCAAACAGUUGCACAAGCUAUUGCGUCCUAUGGCGCAGACGCGGUACCAAAUCGACCGUUCCUGGUCCGGUAAGCGAGUGGGAGUCGAUGCAAUGUGCUGGAUGCAUCGAGGGGCCGUCGCUUGUGCCUACGAACUACUACUUGGAAAGGAGACGGAUAAGUUCGUCCGCUUCUUCAUGGACAUGGUGUUCAUGCUGCUGUGGAAUGGGGUACUACCACGAUACUAUUAGUUGUUAGAUAGUAUCUCUAUGUUGACAUGGUCUGUGAGACGCGGUGGAAUAACGUACAAUUUUCUGGAAGUUUUUGCUUCUCGGUAAGCUUGCAUAGUUUUGUGUCGGGCAUUUUCUCGAGGAAUAGACGAGAUCUAUAGUUCCCUCUUAAGUACCUUCAUACUUUCCUCGAUUUGUCCGUUGGUCCGCCACUGUCCACCAAAUAGUGAGGCUCGCAGAUGAAAUUCUACCACACAGAUCAUCCCCAUCAUUAUCUUCGAUGGGCAAGAUCUUCCAGCAAAGCAAGAAGAGGCGUCAAAGCGUCGGCAAGAACGAGAGGAAGCUAGAGAUAAAGUACUAGACGCCUCAAGGAAACUAGGAGACGGCAGAGCAGCUCUCGACAUCAAUGUCCAAAAAAAUGCCACUAAAGCGAUCAAAAUUUCCGUGGAGAUGAUCGAGCGGAUUUUAGCGGCAUUGAGAUAUGAUUUAAAUCAUGCAAGUAGUUCUUGUGAGAUGAAAAAAGAGAUUUAAUGUUUGAUAUUUUGAAUAAUGAAGAUUAGCCCUACCUUUGCAAUACUGGGGGAACCAGUACUGACUGUUGUAAACCGAUGACCACAAGGUAAAAUCAGCCUUCUCUCCAUAGCAGUAUGAUCUUCAACAUCCCUCAGCAACCUCCCACUCAAGAAGUAGAUACAAAAACUUUUCACGACCCUUUUCAUCCUCCAGAGUUAAACAUCGAGUUUAUGGUUGCAC